AUGAGGUGCAAACAGCACUACACCGAUCACAGUAGCACCGUCGGCGUCUGCGCUUCAUGCCUCCGAGAACGCCUCUUCUAUCUCGUCGCAGCUCAAGAACACACACAAUUACAUGCUCAAACUCAAUCUCAAACCCUAGAAGAUCGAAAUCGCAAUUUGGAGACGCAUCCGGUGUUUCCUCGCUCCGUUUCUCCCUACAUCACUCGCCGGAAAUCCGAUACUGCUUCAUCGACUAGCAAUCAACGUAAAGGCGAUACGAAUCGGCACCGUAAUGUUCCGGAUCAACGGUUUUUCAGCACGCCGCAGGUUGGAGGUUAUAAUAAUAAUAGUAAUAAUAUAUAUAAUAAACAGAAGAAGAAACACAGUUUUAUUCGGUUCAAUUUGCUAUCGAAAUUAUUCAGAUCUAGAAAACAAAAGGAUCCGGAAUCGGAUUCGGAUCCUAGGUUUUCGGUUUCCGAUUCUCGUGGAUCAUGCGGUGGUGGUGGUGGUGGUGGUGGCGGUGAUAGCGCAACGUCGGCAAUGUCAUCACCGUUUAGGUUUUCAAACAUCAGGACGGGUAGCCGGAAGAAACAGCCGGUUUGUGUAACCGAGUGUUCAACACGCGCCGGAACGGUGAUGCGGAAGCAGUACUGUUCCGAUCGAGGCAUGUCGCCGGUGAGGUUAUCGGAUUGUGGCGGUGUAGAAGAUGAGUUCUACGACGGAUCUAGCGGUUACGAGACGUGUGAGUCACGAAAACAGACGCCGUGGAGAACGCCGGCGCAUCCUACCGUCCGCCGCGGCGGCAUUGGAAGCUUCUGUUUAAGUCCGUUGGUUCGAGCUAGUCCUUGCAGGCUUUGGAGCUUACCGGCGGCGGAUGGUGGCGAUACCAGAGCUCCGGUGAAGCCUCACCUGUCAAACACAAAGUCAUUCUGUGCUAACAGAUCAAGGAAGCUUGCUGAUUUUGGGAGAUUUAAUUCCAACCGUUGA